AUGGGCCACGAUGCACAACCGGGAGAUGCCAAGCACGAAGACAAAGAUUCAGAACCUCAGUCGCCCGCCUCCGACGCCUCACAGAAAUCGCACCUCCCGAGCAGGCCUCCCACGGCACACACCGCCGCGCCCUCGGAAGCGGACAUCACGGAAGCAGUCCCGGCAGACAGCGAGGAUAUCCUCACCCUGCCCCAUCGCGGCGGCCGACACGAGAGCCACGAGGUGCAUUCUCCCCGUUCGUCGACUUCCUCGCAGAGGACGGCGAGCGACAACGACAACGACAAUAAUCAUAAUGAGGGCCCGCACGACCACCAAUUGCCGCCGCACCGCACGCGCAGCCGCGCCACGUCCGCGACCCGCUCCCUCAACCGCGUCGCGACGAGAGUCCCGCGCGCGGAGCGCAGAGGUCUCCUGGCCCGCUUCUGCCUCCUCGACGAGGUGACGAAUGCCUGGGACUACCCGCGGAAAAUGAAGUGGAUCCUGACCGCCAUCGUGGCCUUGGCCGGCGCAGCGGCGCCCAUGGGCUCUUCCAUCAUCCUCCCGGGGCUGGUGGACAUUGCAAAGGCCUUCGACAGUACCGCGACGAUCGUGAAUCUGAGCGUGGCCAUGUACCUGCUCAGCAUGUCGAUUUUCCCGCUCUGGUGGAGCAGCUUCUCGGAAACGCUGGGACGGAGGACCAUCUACAUCGUUUCCUUCUUUCUCUUCCUGGUGUUCAAUGUCCUCGCGGCCGUGAGUACGAGUAUAGGCAUGUUCGUCGUCAUGCGGAUCUUGUCCGGUGGAGCGGCAGCCUCCGUGCAGGCGGUGGGAGCCGGCACGAUUGCCGACGUCUGGGAAGUCAGGGAGCGCGGAGCCGCAAUGGGUUUGUUCUAUCUCGGUCCUCUCUGUGGCCCGCUACUCUCGCCCAUCAUCGGUGGUGUCCUCACGCAAACCCUGGGGUGGAGGGCUUCGAUGUGGUUCCUGGCCAUCUUCGGUGGCUGCCUGUCGAUAUUCAUCGUCUUUUGCCUCCCUGAAACCCUGCGACAACGAAAGCCAAUCGCGGCAGAAGCAGAGCGGGAAGCAGUCGCUGAGGUAGCGGGUGAAGUCGACGAGAAGGGACAGCCCAGACCGCAACUCAACCGCACAACCACAAAGCAGUCCGUCAAGGUCAAGUCUAGGAAGUACCUGGUCAUGGCCCGACGAGCUUUCAUCGACCCUCUCCACAUCAUCGUCUACCUCCAGUUCCCCGCCGUGGCCAUCUUGAUCAUGUACGCAUCCAUUGCGUUCGCAUCGCUGUACAUGCUCAAUAUCUCCGUCCAGCAGACUUUCUCCCAAGCACCCUACCAUUACGGCAGUAUCAUUGUCGGUUGCCUGUACAUCCCAAACAGCGCCGGCUACUUCCUCUCAUCCAUCUUCGGCGGACGAUGGGUCGAUCGCAUCAUGCAUCGCGAAGCACGUAAAGCUGGACGCUACGACGAGAGAGGUCGUCUGAAGUUCAUCCCGGAGGACCGAAUGAAGGAGAAUGCCUGGAUCGGAGCUUCCCUAUUUCCAGCUUCCAUUCUCGCCUAUGGAUGGUUUGCACAGUACAAGAUCAACGUCGCGGCCGCGCUGGUGUGCAACUUCUUUUUCGGAAUCGGUUCCAUGCUGGUAUUUGCGCUGGUGACAACCAUGCUGACCGAAUUCAUGCCACGGAAAGCCAGUAACGGUGUUGCCCUGAACAACUUCGUGCGGAACAUCUUGUCUUGCGUUGGGACUGUGGUAGCUGAGCCGCUGAUCGUGGCCAUUGGGAACGGCUGGCUCUUCACCGGCCUAAGCGUGAUCGCUGCCACGGCCGGGUGCGCCACUAUAUGGGCUAUGAAACGCUUUGGCCCUGUCUGGAGGGUGGAAAUGGAUAAGCGCAUGGAGAAGGUCAUGGGCGAUUGA